UCCGGGCACUGCGCUGGGUGUCACAAGCCUGUGUGAAGAUGGCGACUGCGGGGAGGAGCGCACUGCUGUCCGGCAGCCUGAGCGGGAGCAGCGGCGCCGCGGACAGCCACAACCCGGAGGAGGACGACGGACAGAACCUGUGGUCCUCCAUCCUCAGCGAGGUCUCCACCCGGUCCCGCUCCAAACUGCCCACCGGGAAGAACGUGCUGGUUCUGGGUGAAGUGGGGUCGGGUAAGACGACACUGGUGGCUAAACUGCAGGGAGUGGAGGAGUAUAUGAAGGGGCGGGGCUUGGAGUAUCUAUACUUCAACGUGCACGACGAGGACGUAGACGAUCACGCACGGUGUAACGCCUGGGUUCUGGAUGGAGAUCUGUAUCAUAAAGGUCUGCAGAAGUUCGCUCUGUCGGUGGAGAACCUGUCCGACUCGCUGGUUCUGUUCGUGGUGGAUCUGUCUCGGCCCUGGCUCGCUCUCGACUCUCUGCAGAAAUGGGCCAGCGUGGUCCGGGACUACCUGGAUAAACUGCGGGUUCCUCCAGAGACCCUCAGAGAGCUGGAGCACAGAUUGGUGAAGCAGUUUCAGGAGUACGUGGAGCCGGGCAGUGAUAUGGAAAGUGUUCCUCAGAGGAGAAACCCGGAGUCGGAGGAGGAGAGCAUCGUCCUGCCGCUGGGGGAAAACACACUCACACACAACCUGGGCAUUCCUCUGGUGGUGGUCUGCACUAAGUGUGAUGCGAUCAGCACUCUGGAGAAGGAGCACGAUUACAGAGACGAGCACUUAGACUUCAUCCAGUCACACAUCCGGCGAUUCUGCCUGCAGUACGGAGCGUCACUACUCUACACAUCCAUGAAGGAGAAUAAAAAUCUAGACUUGUUAUAUAAAUACCUCGUCCACAGGUUAUACGGCUUUCCAUUCAACUUCCCCGCCCAGGUGGUGGAGAAGGAUUCAGUGUUUAUUCCGUCGGGAUGGGACAAUGAAAAAAAGAUUGCCAUCCUACAUGAAAAUUUCCAGUCAGUAAAAGCAGAUGAUAACUUUGAAGAUGUAAUAGUGAAGCCUCCUGUUAGAAAGUUUGUACAUGAGAAGGAAAUCCAAGCAGAAGAUGACCAAGUGUUUCUCGUUAAGUUGCAGACUCUGUUAUCCAAACAGCCUCCAGUCUCUGCAGGAAGGCCAGUGGACGCUUCGAACAGAGCUCCCACCGGCUCGCCCAGGACGACCAAUCGCUCGGCGGCAGCUAAUGUGGCUAACGUCAUGCCCAUGCAAUCAGGUACCAAGAAGAUUGAUCCCAACAUGAAAGGAGGUCAGACGAGCGAGGGCGUGCUGGCGAACUUCUUUAACAGCCUCCUGACUAAGAAAGCGGGAUCGCCGGGUCCGGGGGGGCAGCCCACGGGGGGAGGGAGCAACACGCCCGGAACAGUCCGUAAAUCAGGCUCUAAGCUGGGGUUGACCGACGUCCAGGCGGAGCUGGACCGGAUUUCCAACAAAUCGGACCUAGAUUCCUCCGCGAACACGCCCCCUGCCGAAAACGACGAAUCCUGAACAAGACGCGGGAUUACUCACAGUCACGCCCCGCCCCCUUCUACUCUCCGCCCCCUAUCAAUCCGCUUCCCAUCAUCCCUCCACCUCUCCUGUUUUCCUGACCUCUCCCUCGUCCAUCUCUCCACCACUCCUCCGAAACAGAGACUCUCUCCAGGCUGCAUGCUGGCGGACUGCCUCGCUACGUCCUGUUUUUGUAUUCGUACACGCACACACUCGCGCACACUGCUCAUGAUCCUGUAUAGUAAGACAGAGAGGGGGCGGAGCUUAAGGGAUAAUGUGGACGAAAGUGUGUAGGAUGUAGUAGUAGUAAACCAAUAUGUAGACGAUACGAUGAGAUACGAUGAGCGUUAAUGUGUUUCAGUGUAGAGCUGGGCAAUAUUUAUAACCAACUGUUUGUUUCUACACUCAGAACAGUGCUUCACGUUAAGUUUCACUUUGAUCUUUCAGCCAGAACCUUAUGAGCUAUGAAUGAGUUCAGACUGUAGCCCCGUCGUUUUCAACACUGAAGCCCUCACUCACCGCUGUUGUCCAUUUUUCUGUCUACUCGCGCUCACUUUCCACUAUACUUGUCGUCUUUUUUAUUUCUUUCUGUUUGACGCAAAAGUUGCAUAUCUGGCAUUCGUGUAAACAGGAAGGCUACGUUCACACAGGAGGUAAAAGUGAUCCAAAUCCGAUAUUUAUUUCAGGCUGUUCACACUGUUAAUCUUUUUAAUGUGACCCGUAUCUGACAUCUGUCUGAACGUUUCUCGCUUCGUAAGUGACUCGAACACAGAACAGAGCAAGUGCUUCACCAUAAGUUUCACCUUAAUCCAGCAUAAUAAAUCAGAAUUCAGAGUUCA